AUGGUACAGCUGAUGGUUGUGGUGGUGCUGGUGGUGCUGGUGGUGCUGGAGAUGCUGGCCAUCAGACCGGAAUACUCCCACUGGAAGAAGACCCUCGUUCAGCAUGUAGCUUCAGCACAGCAGCCAUCCUCCGUGGACCAGGAGCUGCAGCAGAGGCUGACAGCCCCCGUGUUGUCCUCUCCAGAGCUCACCUGCGUAGCAGAGAUCAGAUCGUGUGACUGCCACCCGGUGGGCGCGGCCGGUAAGACAUGUAACCAGACAACGGGACAGUGCCCGUGUAAGGACGGCGUUACCGGGGUAACCUGCAACCGCUGCGCCAAGGGCUACCAGCAGAGUCGCUCGCCUGUCGCACCCUGCAUCAAAAUCCCAGUGGUCAACCCUACAGCCCUGAUCAGCAGCACUGAGGAGCCAGCAGACUGCGAGUCCUACUGUAAACCUGUGAAGGGAAACCUGAAGAUCAACAUGAAGAAAUACUGCAAGAAGGACUAUGCGGUGCAGGUGAACGUGCUGGACAUGGAGACGCUGGGCGACUGGGCCAAGUUCUCCGUCAUGGUGGUGUCGGUGUACAAGAGCCGCGGGGAGCCGCUGAAGCGCGGCGACAACGUGCUGUGGAUCCACAUGAAGGACCUGGCCUGCAAGUGUCCCAAGAUCCAGAUGAGCAAGCGCUUCCUGGUGAUGGGAGGGGGGUCCGAGGGAGUGGGGGGCGGGGGGCCCGCGGCGGGGGGAGGAGCCGUCGGCGGGGGUGCCGGGGGUGGAGCUGCGGGGGCGGAGCAGCGGGUGGGCCUGGUGGCGGAUAAGAACAGCCUGGUCAUCCAGUGGAGGGACGUAUGGACGCGGCGGCUCAGGAAGUUCCAGCGCAAGGAGAAGAAGGGCAAGUGUGGCAAAGCAUGA